UGUCCACACUCCGCGGCCAUUCAUAUCUCCUCCUACCACCCUUCUUCCUUCCUUCUAUUGAUAUAAAGAGAGAGAAAGAAGUGAGGGCGCAAUAUAUAAACAUAAAAACAAACAAAAGGUGGUAGAUGCAUGAGCCACACCACAACACAACACAAUUACACAAGAGACAUAAUAUCUCUCCAUUUACACUCUCACCAGUCACCACCUUGUUUCUGUUUUCUCCCAAAAUUCUUUUAAUUCCCUUUUCCCUCUCUCUCUCUUCUGCCACCUUAUCUAAACUUUUCCGGUUUCAGGUUUGAACUUUGAAUUAUAGUUCUAACUUAUCAGCUGCAUCAAACUGUUCUACUCAUGUUAUAGCUACCCUGCCUCCAAAGUUGAAGGAGCACUUUGGUAAGGUUAGAAAUAAUCAGUGAGUUCAGAUGACUUUGUGAGACGAUCAGAGAUAAGAAUGGUGAGCUUGAGAAGGCGCAGACUUUUGGGAUUAUGCUCAGGAAGCAGUUCCUUUGUUGCACCCCUCCCUCUAUAUUGUGAGAAUAUAACUGCUACUGAAAAUUCAACCCGUGAUGCUCGACUGAAGACAGAACAGCCUGCGCUUUCAGAUAAAUAACAUUGUCAAAGAAGAACCAGGAUCAUCAAAUGUAUCUGGUUCUAGCUCAUCAAAAGAUCAGCCUAGUCAGCAAAUUUCAGGGCCUCCUGUUAAACGCAGAAAGCGGCACAGAAGAAAGAAUUUGCAUAAUCAAGAGCCAUGCUUAAUGAGAGGGGUCUAUUUCAAAAAUAUGAAAUGGCAAGCAGCAAUAAAAGUAGACAAGAAACAGAUUCAUCUAGGUACUGUUGGGUCUCAACAAGAAGCUGCUCACUUAUACGAUAGGGCUGCUUUCAUGUGCGGGAGAGAACCCAAUUUCGAGCUUCCUGAAGAAGAAAAGCGGGAGCUUCGUAAAUUCAAAUGGGAAGAGUUUUUGGCGCUGACUCGGCAGGCAAUUACACGUAAAAAGCACAAGCGAAGGCUUGGUUCAGGACCCAGUGAUAAUGUCGACCUGCCUAAUUCGAACAAAGACGAUUCGGAUAACAAGCAAGGAGUAAGUAGCUUGUCUGCUUGUGAAGAAGACGCAGAGCAAGAAACAUCACUCUCUUGAUUUCUUAAGAAUAGUGAUUCAAUAAUUAAGUGAAGAUGAAGACAUAUUCUAACAUUCUAGUUCUACGUCAUAAAUUCAUUCUUAUUGUAGAAAUUACCAGCACUAUGUCAUACCUUGAUACCAUUGUUUAUCCUUAUACAUAUGAAAUUGCUACAACAUUCACCAAUAAAAGUCACGUAUUAAUUGCGUUUCCUAUUUA